GUAACGUGCCGUUAGCUGUUUCCGGUUCCGGUGCUGUGCGUACCAAACAGUUUGUGGUCCCAGAAGAGCGACCCUGGUUAUAAACUCCGCUGCAGCCUACGUGUUGAGCUAAUCCAUCGGCAGAGUUGGUCCGACACACUUCUUCAUUCUAGCUGGGAGUGACUGAGACUUCGCCACGAUGCCUGAAACCGAGACCUACUCCAACCCGCUGGCCCCGGAGGGCCACGAAACGGAGGACCACCUGUCUGCUCUGCAGUCCAAACUGACCAAUGACGACUUCAGGAAGCUGCUGAUGACCCCGAGGUCCGCCCCUUCAUCGGCCCCACCGUCCAAGUCUCGGCCAGAAAUGCCAAAGGACUACAAUGAGGAUGAGGAUCCCGCAGCUCGGAGGAGGAAGAAGAAGAGCUACUAUGCUAAGCUACGACAGCAGGAAGUGGAGAGAGAGAGGGAGUUGGCGGAGAAGUACCGAGACCGAGCUCGCGAGAGGAGAGACGGAGUCAACAAGGACUACGAGGAGACGGAGCUCAUCAGCACCACCGCCAACUACCGCGCCGUCGGACCCACUGCAGAGGCGGAUAAGUCGGCGGCGGAGAAGCGUCGGCAGGUGAUCCAGGAGUCCAAGUUCUUGGGAGGUGACAUGGAGCACACUCACUUGGUGAAGGGCCUCGACUUCGCCCUGCUGCAGAAGGUCAGGGCUGAAAUCACCAGUAAGGAGAAGGAGGAAGAGGACCUGAUGGAGAAGGUCCAGAAAGAAGUCAAGAAAGACGUCGAAGUAGAGGAGAAGAUGGAGUUCAAAACUCGUCUCGGUAGGAACGUGUACCGGACGGUGUUCCGCUCGCGCAUCGUGGAGAGGAACGAGCUGUUCCUCCCGGGCCGCAUGGCCUACGUGGUGGACCUGGACGACGAGUACGCAGACACGGACAUCCCCACCACCCUGAUCCGCAGCAAGGCUGACUGCCCCAGCAUGGAGGCUCAGACCACUCUCACCACUAACGACAUCGUGAUCUCCAAGCUGACCCAGAUCCUGUCCUACCUGAGACAGGGGACGAGGCACAAGAAGAUCAAGAAGAAGGACAAAGCAGGGAAACUGGAUGAGAAGAAGGCUGCCGAAGCAGACAUCAGUAUCUUUGAGGACGUGGGAGACUACAUCCCCUCAGCCGCCACAGCCUCAGCCUCCAAGGCCGCUGCCAAGGAGAAGGAGCGCUACAGAGAGCGGGAGAGGGAGAGAGAGAGGGAGCGAGACCGGGAGAGAGUGAGGGAGGCAGAGGAGGAACAGAGGAGGCAGAGCUACUUUGAGAAACCUCUCGCGGACGACCAGGAGGUUCUGGAUUUGGAGACGGGUCCGAGCUCAGUCACCGAUCAGAUCAAGAUGAUUAACGAGAAGUUUUCUGGAGCAGCAGGGAGCCAAUGGCAGAGCCAGGAAACUGCAGGGAACAGAAGGGAGGCUGGGAAAGAGCAUCUUGGAGAUUUCUUUGGGAUGUCCAACUCCUACGCAGAAUGUUACCCUGCAACUAUGGACGACCUGGCUGUGGACAGUGACGAGGAAGUGGACUACAGCAAAAUGGACCAGGGCAACAAGAAGGGGCCGCUGGGUCGCUGGGACUUCGACACGCAGGAGGAAUAUUCAGAUUACAUGAACAACAAAGAGGCCCUACCCAAGGCGGCCUUCCAGUACGGAAUCAAGAUGUCUGAGGGCAGGAAGACCAGACGCUUCAAGGAGACCAACGAGAAGGCGGAGCUAGACCGACAGUGGAAGAAGAUCAGCGCGAUUAUCGAGAAGAGAAAGAAGCAGGAGUCUGAUGGGGUGAACAUUAAGCGACCAAAAUACUGAGGACCACACCCACCUGUGAUGUGGUUCUGUCUCGGUGGGGACCCUGACCUGGGAUGUCAUCAUGUGUAUAUAUCACAGGAUGCACAUUAACACACAAACAAACUCACACACAAACAAAUACAUAUACACAUACACUCACACGCACACUUCUCUGAUAUGUUACGUUUCAGUGAAGGUACGAGCCAUGAUGAUGAUUAUUAUAUUUUGUUGAUGUUGUUGUUUAACAGUACUUGUAUCUGAAAUAAAACAUUUAAAAACCCAA